GAAUCUCUGAUUGCUUAGAGGCUGACUCAACUGGAGAUCAUGGCUUUUGAUGGUACUUGGAAGAUAGACCGGAAUGAGAACUAUGACAAGUUCAUGGAAAAAAUGGGUGUUAAUAUGGUGAAAAGGAAGCUUGCAGCUCAUGACAAUUUGAAACUGACAAUUACACAAGAAGGAAAUAAAUUCACCGUCAAAGAAUCAAGCACUUUUCGUACCAUUGAAAUUGUUUUUGAGCUUGGUGUCACUUUUAAUUACAGCCUAGCAGAUGGAACUGAACUCAGUGGUACUUGGAACCUAGAAGGAAAUAAACUUGUUGGAAAAUUCAGACGGGUAGACAAUGGAAAUGAACUGAAUGCUAUCCGAGAAAUUAUAGGUGGUGAAUUGGUUCAGACUUACAUAUAUGAAGGAGUAGAAGCCCAGAGGAUCUUCAAAAAGGAAUGAACUUUGUUCUUGGAGCACAGCCCA